AUGAAAAUUGAUUUUUGCUUAAGCAGCAUCUAUGUGUCCUCAGCACUGGUAACAAUGACUUAUACAAUUAUUUCCCCUUUCUACCCUCUAAUCGCUGAAGAUAAAGGAAUGCAAAAAUGAAUGAUUGGAGUUAUUUUUAUGGCAAUGCCAGCAUGUGCUUGCUUAGUCUCUACAAAAAUUGGUGACAAUAUUUCUCUUAUUGGUCGCAAAAGUGUUCUAGCAUUAGGAAUGAUUUCUGGAGUAUCUUUUAUAUAGGCUAUAUCUCUUGCCAUACUAGCUGCAGUUCCUAAUUGCUCCCUUACUACAUUUACCAUUUUAAGUUUGAUAUCUCGUGCAUUUGGAGGUCUUUCUACAGCAGCUAUAUAUAUUGCAAGCUUUUCUGUGAUAGUAAACGAUUAUGAGUCAGCUCGAGAUCAAUAUAUAUCAGUCCUGAACAUUUUUUGUGGAAUUGGAUACAUUAUGGGUUCAUGGUUUGGAUCGAUGCUAUAUGAAUGACUAGGACCUAUAGGCUGCUUUUUAUUUUCUGCUAUUUUGCUUUUAAUUCCAGUGUGGUUUAUUUUGCGCUUUGUGGAAAACUCUCAUAAUAUUACACAAGAGAGACAUGAAGGAACCUGUUGAAAUUUGCUUAAAAAAAGAAACGUGGCUUUGGACGUAAUGGUUGGGCUUUUUACUAAUGUGGUGUAUAAUUUCUUUUUUCCAAGUCUUGGACCUUUUCUAGACGAGGAAGGAUAUAAUGAGAUAGAAAUCGGCUAUGUGUUUAUGCUAUCUACUUUUAUUUAUACUUUGGCUAGUGCUUUUAUAGCAUUUUCAAUUAAAAGGUUAAAUAAACUGUAUUUAAUGAUUUCAAGUGUAGUAUUCGCUGUUAUCGGACUGGUAAUGAUAGGGCCAUGGGAAAAUCUAUUAAAAAACCCAUCUGCUUUACCUAUAUUUGGGAUGAGUUUAAUUGCACUUGGAGGGUGCCUUGGGUUUAUUAUUCCUUUGCCAUUUAUUCUAGACUCUGCUGAGGAGCUUGGGAUCGUUCAGGAUCAAGAGAUGUACGAUGCUUUGUCAACACUAUUCAAUUUAAUCAUCAGCUUCGGAGAAAUUAUUGGCCCUCUCCUUGCAGGAAUGCUAAUAUCAAUCAUGGGCUUUGCAAAUAGUUGCUCGGUUCUGAGUAUCUUUGGAGCUGCGUUUUUUUAUUAUAUUUAAAUCUAACUUGGGUUUUUUGUAAGUUUUUAGUAAUAAUGAUUUUAAAUAAAUACUAUUAAGUCAUUUAUGCAUAAAGGAAUAUAUACUACACAGGCAAAAGAAAAGAAAAAUCGCCUUUAUUAUCAAGCAAAGUUUCCCUCACUCAAGACCAUCACGAACUAUCGUAUUUCCAUGAUCCAUAG